AUGGACGAUGCGAAGCCUUCGAGGAACUUGCGCAAGAGCAGUCGGAUCAACGAGACGCGCCCAGCCUCCACAUCUAAUCCUACCGCUGAGCAUACUAAGAGGGACGAGCCGCCAGCCUCUCCUGCUUUGUCGUCGCCGAGGACUACAAGGAAAAGACCUUCGCCGCUGAUUGAGAUUGACGGGGCCGACGACUUGAUCAGCCCAUCUGACGAUAAACCUCCCCCAAGUGCUUCGUCCGCUACAGCUGGCGGCGAGCCAGACUUCUCAGGUCAUGUUUGCUUGUGUCAGCCAGAGCCGAAAAUACCGCGUCCGCGAAAUGCUUUUAUCCUUUAUCGACAGCACCACCAGCAGGCCAUUACCGCUCGUAAUCCGGGUCUCAACAAUCCUGACAUCUCAAAGAUUAUCGGUGAACAGUGGAAGGCUGAGGGUGAAGAGCAAAAGAAGGUUUGGCAGGACCUUGCGCAGGAAGAGAAAGCUAGGCACCAAGAACAAUACCCCGACUACCGCUAUCAGCCGCGUCGUCUUGGCAAACCUGGGUCGUCACCAUUGAACCCCACUGGCCAGCAUACGACAGUCGACAAGUACCGUUGUCACAAGUGUGGUGGCCGCAGUCUGAGAACACCUACCAGUCCUUUCCUCGACGCCUCCGGCACCCCAACUCUGCCGCCUCCUAACAUCUCGGAAGGCCUCACGCCAACAACUCGUUACCUACCCGUGAUGAGUAACCUUAGCCUUGAGUCGCCCGGUCAUCGCCGAGGCCCCAUUCCACCAAGCCUCAGUAAUAUUCAGCUCAAUCCGACUAUGCGUGGAGACACGAUGAUGUAUAGCCCUUUGACGCCGAACAAGAAGCGCCGCUUCGACCAAGGGCCUCCGCCAACGAGUAACGGUCGUAGACCAGAGGGAUCGCAUAACGGCCCGAUCCAGCAAUACGCCGUCUAUCGACGCGAGUCUUUGCCGCCCAUCCAUGUGACGCCACAUAGUGCGACAAUGCCUCCUCCACGAACCCCUCGCGAGAUGCGCCAUCAGUCAAUGGUUGAGCUAGGAUCUCUACAGUCCGAUGGCAGUCCCAAGAGCGUAGAGGAAGUUCUCAGUGCUUUCCCAUACCCCAACAAGAUCAAACUCCUCGGACGUAUAACGCCUCCCUAUCAAUAUAAAGAGCCCGGUUCCGCCAGCCCAUCCUACCGCGCCAACCGCGGCGCCAUCAUCGCCAUCGAAGGCGACGACCCAGCCGCCGUCAAAGAACUCACAGAAUGGCUCAACGAAUACCUCAUCAAGCAAAAAGAAUACAGCCCUCAGAUCGCGGAGCCACCGCAAGCCCCCACCGACAACGCUGACAAAGAAGUCACAUUCGAAGACUACCUCGACCUAAUCAAAGAAUGGCACGCCAAAAGCAAAGAAAUGAUCAAAUACAUCACCACAACACCCACCUCCUCCACAGACACCCCGUCAUCCAACAACAGCGACACAAUCAUCGUCUCCACAAAAGACACCCGCAAAGACUCCGCCACACCCCCCGACUCCCCCUCUCACUCCCUCUCCUCCAUCCCCACCAUCAAACCCGUAAUCCUGCUCCCAACCUUCCAACUCGCCGCCUCCAUCGCCUACGCCUCCCGCAUUCCCAUUCAAGACGCCUACAGCCCAACCGACCACUGGCAGUGGAUGGCGACGCUGUGGCGCGGCACCGUAGGUCCUGAUCUUACGUUGUAUGUUAAGAGCUUCGAUCCGAAAGAGGGGCAGGUGGGAAUGAAACCGGAGAUGGAUGAGGGGGUUAGGUGUUUGAGUGUUUGGAAGGCGUGUGGACCUGGAGGCAGGUUUGCGGAUGCGGAUUUGAGGAGGGUGGGGUUUGAGGUGGGUGAAUGGGUUAAAGGAUGA